AUGACUACUCAAAACAUUGGUUCAUCGUACCCGCCACCACCCGAAAUUUAUAAACGAUACACCGAUGAGAACCUUGCAAAGUUUAAACAAGUUAAAGAGAAAGGAAUUGAAGCCAUAAUACACGAGAAUGUAGCCUUGCCAACAGAUUUUAAUAUAUUGGAUUUGGAACCCCCUCCACCAUUAACUGAGGGAGUUUAUUCCUUCUUUGGGGAAUUUUGGCAGGUAGUCGAUAGGAAUGCUACUUUAGAAGAAAAUGGAGUACCACAAUUAUUUCCCCCGGGAAAAAUAAAUCGCGCAGUUUAUUUAAAGAAAUUGAAUAACUCGGCUGUUUUCAAUUUUGUCGAAUUACUCGAUACAUUAGUAAAAGAUCCCGAUCAAGCACCAGAAAAAAUAGAACAAAUAAAACAUAUAAUUUUGAAUAUGAAAUAUUUGUUAAAUGAAUAUCGCCCUCAUCAAAUUGAACAACGAAAAAAAGCCACGAAUGAAAUUAAUAAACGUUGUUCUGAAUUUAAAUCAAUAUUGCAAAAUGUGAAAAAUGCUUGGAAAAAUAUGGAUUAUGUUAAAAUGGAUAUAGAUACGGACGAAAAAUCUAUACACCCUAAGACAGACCAAGAAAAAUCUAUUUCAUCAUAUUAUAUUAAUCCAGAUACUACACAAAAAAUGUUGAAUAUGAUAGAUGAAAUCGAGUAA